AAACUUUGUUCCCAUUAAAUUGGAUCCACCCCUGGUGUUUUCAAAUCCUCAUUCUUGUAAUCCCUCCAACCUCACUGCCGCUUUCAUUUCCAUUCCUACGGAUUUCCCCCGCCCCAAUCCCCCAGUUCUGUUCAUCUACAACUCGGAUAACUCCAAAAACGCGGACUCGUUUGUUUCUGUCUUUCCCGUCCCUGAAAACCCAUCUCUUUGCCCAAGCAUGUGGUUUUCACGCAUAUUUCCUGGUGUGGCUCUGAGACAGAUUUUGUCACAAUACCCUCCCUUUAAAAAAAAAACUAUAGCCACUGCCGCGUGGAUGUGUUUUCCUGGUCAGUUUGCAACGAGGAAAUGCAUCCUUGAGUGGUGUGGUGCGGUGCGGUGGGGGAGAGGCCGGGGCAUGGGUGCAGGGAGCCGGCCGGGAGCGAAGAGACUGGGCCGAUUACUCCAGAGAGAGAGGCAGGCAGGCAGGCGGAUGAGGAAGUAGCUAGAGUUAGGGCAGGCUCCCACCGCCUCUCUCUCUCACUCACUCUCUAUCUGUCUGUGUGUGUGUGUGUAUCCGGCUCCGGAUCUUGGCCGGGGAAGUAAGCGGAUGGGGUGACUCCCAUUAUCACCCCCCUCCACCUCCACCUCCACCACCACCGAGUGUCGAUGGGAAGCAGCGGCGCGGGGCAGACCCCAGCGGCGGGGCUGGCCAGCGAACUCAGGCCGCCACUGGAGGCGUGGAGCUGCGGUUACUGCGGGAAGGACUCAUUCUGUGCUCAGGGUCUCAUGGCUCACAAACUGUCUGUCCACGAUUACCAGCUGCUGCUGAACAAAGGCUGGGUCAGGAGUGGGAAAUAUCUGUACAAAGCUGCCAUGCCCAUCACGUGCUGCCCCACCUACCCAAUGAGGUGCCACGUCUUGGAUUUUCGGAUAUCGCGCUCACAGCGGCGGGUUCUGAAGAAGAUGCGGAAACAUUUAACACAACCUGAUGCUUUUGUGAGCGAAACCGUUGCAUUCAGACCACCAGUGGACACCACGUGCCAUAAAGAGGAACAAGUGAGUGGAGCCGGGCAGGGGAAGUUGACCACAGGACAGACACCCUGGACCUUUCCUGAGGGGUCUGAUGAAAACUGGUCAGAGGUAAACCACGUAACGGACCAGCGGAGCAUGAACAACAGCCAGGCGUGGUCAGUUGAAGACCCAGCUCCACACAUCCACACGUGCCGCAAGGCCAAGGAGAGCCGGAGGGAGCUGCUGAAGACCCCCGAGAGGGGGCAGCAGGCGGAGCUGGAACCGGCAGAGUCUGAACUGGUGGGACUGACGGAGCACAAGGCACCAGGUCAGGAACCGGCUCCUUUACAAGAUCCUCAGCCAUCCUUGUCACAAACCUCCAUGAGCGCUGUGCACCCAUCUCCCAUCCCACCUCCACUCCAUUCCACGUCUCAACCCAAUCGCACUAGAUCAUUAGAGGAGCUCCUAGUGGAGAGCACGCCAGUCGCUGCAUUGCACCAGCUGGAGGUGAAGCUGCUGAGACUUUCUCCACCCAGCCCUGAACUACAGUCCACCUUUGGUGAAUCCUACAAGGUCUACAAACGAUACCAGAUGCAUGUGCACAAAGACACAGAGCUGAUGGCUUCGGAGGCUGAGUACAGAAGGUUCUUCUGCAGUACUCCACUUCUGGGGGAGGACCCUGCAGAUGGCCCAGAUACUGGCUAUGGCUCCUUCAUUGAACAGUUCCUGCUGGACGGGAAGAUUAUAGCUCUUGGACUGUUGGACAUACUACCUGAAGGAAUUAACUCGCAGUACUUGUGCUACGAUCCAGAUUACUCCUCUCUCUCGUUGGGAGUCUACUCUGCUCUCAGGGAAAUAGCACUAACCCAAAGACUGAAUGAGAAGGUUCCCAGAAUGAAGUAUUACUACUUGGGCCCUUACGUACACUCGUGUGUUAAAGUAAAAUACAAGCUCUUCUACCAGCCAACAGAGCUGCUGUGUCCUGUCACUGGGCACUGGGUGUCAGUGGAACAAUGCCUACCCAAGCUGGAGUUAAGCAAGUUUGCCCGGCUUUACGACGGCGAAGAGCCAGCUGUUGAUUGCGGCCUGUCCAACGAAGGCCUUUGGUUUCUGCGCAAUUUCCGGGACGCGCUGAGCCCGUCUUCCUCGGCCUCGGUUCAGACGGAGGAAGCCAUGCUCGUGGUAUCUCAGGAGGACCUGGUCUCCAUCCACUCCUCUUCGCCCUCAGCCUGGUGGAAGCACCUGCCUUGCCUCGCCCGCCUGCUGAGCUGCUGCUGCCGAGGCAGCUGCUGCAGGAAGGAAGAGGAGAGCUGACCCCCCCCCCCCCCACACACCCCCGCCCCACUUGCACUGACCGCCAGGCAACUGGCAGCUCCAUCAGAAAGCAGGUCCGGAAGGUGGAGCAAGGGAGCGAGAGAUGGGGAACGUCACCAGCCUGGUGCCCGAAGUCCAUUCAUGAGAGGGAAGCAAUGGAAACCUUAAACAGACAUUUCAACCUUCCUUGAAUCCACAGUGAAUGCAAAAAAAGUCCUCAAAGCCCAGCAUGGAUCACGAUUCAUACAGUCUUACAGCGUGGAAACCGACCCUACUUGCCCGCACCGGCCAACAUGUACCAUCUACACUAGUCUCCCCUGCCUGCAUUUGGCCAUAUUCCUCUUAACAUAUCCUAUCCAUGUACCUGUCUAAAUGUCUCUAAAAAGGUGCGAUAGUAUCUGCCUCAACUACCUCCUCUGGCAGCUCGUUCCAUACACCUACCAUCCUUUGCGUGAAAAAGUUACCCCUCAGAUUCCUAUUAAAUCUUUCCCCCCCUGCACCUUAAAACUAUAUCCUCUGGUUCUCCAUUCCACGACUCUGGGCAAGAGACUCUGUGCGUCUACCCGAUCUAUUCCUCUCAUUGUCUUGGAUCUGGAUGAUCCAUUAAGUUCCUUUCUCUCUUUAUCACAAGAUGAUCAGCAUUUGUGAUUCGACCAGUUUACAGGUGAUAGCCAUUGAGGUGAAAGGGAGUGUCAUUGAUGCAUCCUCUCAGGAUUGUGGUUCGUUUUUGUAACAGUUUUGAAUACAGCUGGGUACUAAAGUGCUGGAAUUGAACCCUGGCAACAACAUAAUGCCAACGGCAAUGGGAAGGUGAGACAUGAAAUGGGUGACUGUUUCUGCUGCCUUCUGCUUUCCCUUUGUCACCAUCUAGACAUUAACCCUCUAUAUUUCUGUCUUACUCUGAUUCAAAUUGCACCUUAGUUCAGCACAUCCCUGCCACAAAUGUUAUGACGAAGAUAUGUUGAUUCAACAAGUCUCGAGCUGAAGAAAAUGGUCAACCAAUAAUGGGCUGCAGAAGAAGCGAGUCUGGUGAAACCAUCUCCUCAAACGAAGGCAGCAUCAGAAUGGUCAUUUGUCCAAACCACGGGAAUUCUGAAGAAACAAGGAACCUCCGAUGCUGGUUUACCAAAGAAAGACACAAAAUGCUGGAGUGACUCAGCGGGUCAGGCAGCACAUGGAUAGUUGGGCACGAUGGCGCAGUGGUAGAGUUGCUGCCUUACAUCGCCAGAGACCCUGGUUCGAUCCUGACUACGGGUGCUAUCUGUACGGAGUUUGUACGUUCCAUCAUGUGGGUUUUCUCCAGGUGCUCCGGUUUCCUACCAUAUUCCAAAGACGUGCAGGUUUUUAGGUUAAUUGGCUUCUGUAAGUUGUCCCUCGUGUGUAGGAUAAAGCUAGUGUAUGGGUGAUUGUUGGUCGGCACGGACUCGAUGGGCCGAAGGGCCUGUUUCCGUGCUGUAUCUCUGAACUGAACAAAGGUGACGUUUCGGAUCUCAAACCGAAAUGUCACCUAUCCAUAUUGUCCAGGGAUGCUGCCUGACCCACUGAGUUACACCGGCCUUUUGUGUCCUUCACCAGGAAUUCUGCUUUCAUUUGGGUGGUGAUUUUCUAAUUAGGAACUUUAACUAAUGGAGGUGAAGGGGGGAAUGAUUUCACCUUCAGGAUUCUAUGUAGAGGGAGCUAACAUGAAGAGUUCACUGCUCUGGAUCUUGUACAGUAACUGUGAAUAGAUCAGCCAAGGCCUGUUAGGAUUAAGGUUUCAGAUCCAAGUUAAAUCUGGAUAUCAUCCCAAUAGCAUUUUUGAAAAUAUAUUUUUUGUAUAUAAGUCUCUGGAUAAAGCACCACAUGUAUUCUAAGAGCUGCAUGAUGAAUGAACUACAGCAGUCAGUGAUAUGAUGGUUGCAGCUCACUCUGCCUUAGUUAUAAUGGUCGUUAUAGUUAAUAUAAGUCGAUACUCAGGUGAUACCAACCAGCGCAAUUGUGAAUCCAAGUGCCUGACGGGGAAUGUAUUUACGAGCAGUCCUGCACCAUGACCACUGGAUGGCAGCAGUGGGCACAUGCAGUAUCAUCCAAUGGCCAAAAAUCAAUACAGGCACUCCCUGACUUACACGCUGAGCGACUUACGUGGACUCGCAGUCACGCAAACUGUUAUGUACUCGGUCCCUUGUGCAGUCAAGGCAGUUUAUAAUUUCCACAACACUGCUGUUUACAUUGGAAGCAAGCCAGCAAUGGUGCAGGAGUUGGCCAUUCGGCCCUUCAAGCCAGCACUGCCAUUCAAUGUAAUCAUGGCUGAUCAUCCACAAUCGGUACCCCGUUCCUGCCUUCUCUCCAUAUCCCCUGAGUCCGCUCUCUUUAAGAGCCCUAUCUAGUGGAGGAGGUGGCUGGCGGAGGUGCUUACUCAGGAGGCUGUGUGCCACGGAAAGUGCCGUUAGCCAGGGCUGGUGAUUCGGAUGUAUGUGAAAUCUGACUGGCGUAAGCAUUCACGGAAAGUAGCCCUUGUUUAAGUCGGGGAGUGCCUGUAUCAAAUCCCCAAAUGUUUAAAGUGAUUUUGCUUAGUUCCUAAGUGCCACAUUUACCUGGCAUUCAUUUCACCCUCCUGUUCACUGCAGCAUCUCCUUAUCUCAUGUAUAAUCCACUGUGCGUUGGUAUUGACAUGGUCCCUGCAAGGCCUUGUGGCUUCCAGGAGUCAGUAACAUCCCCUCAGCACUGCCCGGAGUAACUCAGGAAAAUCAGCAGAGGCAUUAAAAUGUCUUUCUUUAAAUUCUAUUUCAACACUAUUAUUUAAAAAUAUUGCUUACGGGUCAAUAAAGGCAUAAAGUGUAGGAACUGCAGAUGCUGGUUUACACCGAAGAUAGACACAAAAUGCUGAAAUAACUCAGCUGGCUAGGCAGCAUCUCUGGAGAAAAUGAAUAGGUGACGUUUUGGAUCGAGUCACUUCUUCAGACUGAGAGUCAAGGGAAAGGGAAUGGAGAAAUAUAAAAAGCCUCAUUAAAAAAAUGAAUGAAUGAAAGGUAAUGAAUGAUAUUUUUUCCAUGUGUCUUUAUUUCUCCCGUUUCUCUCUCCCCUGACUCUCAGUCUGAGGAAGGUUCCCGACCCAAAAUGUCACUUAUUCCAUUUCUCCAGAGAUGCUGCCUAAUCUGCUGAGUUACUCCAGCAAUUUAUUUGUGGUCAGUAAAAGCAGUUUCAUUGAUAACCAGGUAAAGGAGAAGUCUAUUCACCUUCUGAUUGGUGUAGGAAAGCAGUGUAUUACCAUGGGUAUAUAUGGAUCUGCAGAUGCUAAAUUCCGAGUAAGAUACAAAGUGCUGGAGUAACUCAGUGGCUCGGGAAGCAUCUGUGGAGGGAAUGGAUAGAUGACGUUUCGGGUCAGGACCCUUCUUCAGAUGAACUGCAUUGGAAGGAACUGCAGAUGCUGGUUUACACUGAAGAUAGAGACAAAAUGCUGGAGUAACUCAGCGGGACAGACAGCCUUUCUGGAGACAAGGAAUAGGUGACGUUUCAGGUUGAGACCCUUCUUCCGACUGAGAGAGUCAGGGGAGAGGGAAAUGAGAGAUAUGGAAGGCAAAGGUGUGAAAAUGAAGGAUCAAAGAUUGCAACUUUGAUCCUGGUUGGGCCCGAACUGGGAGGCCUGGAAACGGAGCAGGACAUCACGUGGGACAAGAUGGCAGUGAAGGCUAAUGUUGAGGACAUACACGUGUCUGCGGUAACUAGCGAGUGUGGGUCAGACCCGGGUCAAAGACCAAGAGAGCAGCAGGAAUCACGGAAGGUGGGCAGUGAGAGAUGGUCUCUCAGAACUCCUAUUGGAGAGAGGAGAACUUCUUCUGAGGAAGGGUCCUGAACCAUGGGUAUUCCCUCCACAGAUGCUGCCUGACCUACUGAGUUAUCCCAGUACUUUGUGUUUUAUUCAUGGUGGCAAACAAUAUGAGGAGAGUGGGGCAAUGGAUAUCGGGUACCCCGUUGAGGACUGAUGCAUGAAUGGGCGUAGAAUUCACAAUUCCUGUGCCCAGUUGCGUUGUGCUCUUUAUAUUUUGGAUAUAUUGCAUAUUUCAGACUGGAGAACAUAUAUUCUGGAACUGGGUGUAAAACUGACACAGGCGCUCUUGGUGAAAAAUUCUAUGUAAAAUGUGGAAAGAUGUUGUCAAAGACCAGUGGGCAAUAAGGCAGAAAAUGAGGGUUUUGUAGGAAGAAUAAUGUGGGGGAAAGGAAUAGGCUGAGGUGUGAACAUGAAGAGGGGGGUUGGGGCAAAGCUGGGGGGGUCAUAGUGUCAUAUAAUGAUACAGUGUGGAAACAGGCCCUUUGAACCAACUUGCCCACACCGGCUAACAUGUCCCAGCUACACUAGUCCCACCUGCCAGCAUUUGGUCCAUAUCCCUCCAAACCUGUCCUAUCCAUGUACUUGUCUAACUGUUUCUUAAACUUUGGGAUAGUCCCUGCCUCAAUUACCUCCUCUGGCAGCUUGUUCCAUUCACCCACCACCGUUUGUGUGAAAUUGUGUUUAAUUCCUAUUAAAUCUUCCCCUUCACCUUGAACCUAUGUCCUCUGGUCCUCAAUUCACCUACCCGAUCUAUUCCUCUCAUGAUCUGAAACACCUCUCUAAGGUCACCCCUCAUCCUCCUGCGCUCCAAGGCAUAGAGUCCCAGCCUACUCAACCUCUGCCGAUAGCUCAGACCCUCCAGCCCUGGCAACCUGCUCGUAGAUCUUCUCUGUAUCCAGCUUGACAACAUCUUUCAAGUAUUUCAAGAGAUGACAACAAAGACAUACUCGGAGAACAUGAAGAGAUGGGAUUCAACAGAUGAUAUGAUGGAGGGAGAUGUGUCACAUUUAUGGAUAAUUUUGCAAGGAGAGCAUUCCAAGUAACAAUGCAAUGAUCAGAGAGUGCUUUACAGUUAUAGAGUCAUUAAGUUGUACAGUGAUAGAGUUAUAUAACUGACACAAGUAGGUAAAUGGGAGUACCUUAGAUGGGGCAUCUUGAUUGGCAUGGACAACUUAUCAAUGCCAAUCAAGAUGCCCCAUCUAAGUCACUCCCAUUUACCUUCGUUUGGUCCAUAUUCCUCAGAAACCGUCCCAUCUAUGUUACUGUCCAAACGUCUUUUAAUGGAGAGUUGAUAGGCAGGGGACAAUAAGGUGGGAUUAGACUGGAGAGCUCUUUUUUAAAUAACUGUCCUGCAUAAAUUCUCUCUGCUUCUGAGAGUUGCACCACAAAGGGAAAUGUACAUGUGGAAACCAAUGAGCAAACUGCUAUUGAAUUUAUGAGCAAUUUUCUGAUGUCAAGUUUCAAAACACGUCCCAUGUGCCAUUGAAGAUCCAAAACCCUGGCAAGUACAACAGAGAUGCAGUUAAUUGACUGUGGUUUCUGCUAUUUGGCUAGAUGGCUACAAAAAAAUGGGUAAUUCACAACAUUUGUUAAUUCAUUAUUAUUUAUGCAAAGGUAGAUAUCCUCGCUUAAUUCCAGAUUAAGAUUAUAGCCACCUUUGUUGUCAACAAGUGCCAACCUUCCCCCUUUAGGUUUAUAAUAGGAUUGCUUUAUAUGAGGUGUGUUGCCAUGGUUACCAGAACAAAGAGGCUGCAAGUCUUAAAAUUCCUUUAGUCUGUGGGUGGAACUGGUCAAAGCGGAGCGGAGCGUUUCUCCGUGGAGCUAUUUAAGUUUGCUGCGUUAUUGUUUAACCCUUUCAAGCCUUGGCUUUACAGAACUAAAUGCGAUUUAUAAAAAGGAGCUGCUGAUGCUAGUUUACAACAAAGAUAGAUGCAAAACUGAAUUAACUCAGCAGGUCAGGCAGCAUAUCUGGAGAAAAAUGAAAGUGAUAUGAACGUUGAAUUCAAUAACUAGCUUCUACAUGCACUCCUCUCCCCCCUCCCCUUACUCACCCCCCCCC